AUGUCACGACAAACCAAAAAUAGUCCAUAUGCAUUAGUAUCUGGGCAAAAUCCUUUGCGUCACUUUAUGAUAUUAAAAGAAAUUAAGGAACGACAUAUCAACUCUGAAGAUGAAUUACCUGAAAAUUGGUUCGAACACUCUGAACCUCAAGAUGAUUUUGACCGACAAGAAAUUAUGGAAUCACUUUUAGGAGCUGUGGCAUUAAAUAUUGAGUCAAUCAUAAAUGCAAAUGUUGAUGAAAGUAUAAAUGAAAAAGUGCAUAAAGAUAUCGAUGAAAAGGCAAAUGAAAGUAUGAACGAAAGGGCAGAUAAAAGUAUGAGCAAAAGGGCAGAUGAAAGUAUAAGCGAAAAGGCAGAUGCAAGCAUAGAUGAAAGUAUAAAUGAAGGGGUAGAUGAAAGUAUAAAUAAAAGUGUAGAUGAAAGUAUAAAUGAAAGAAUAAACGAAGACAUAAGCAAAAAGAUGAGUGAAAUGGUGAAUAAUAAAAGCAUAAGUGAAAAGGUGGAUAAAGACAGCAAAAUAGUGGAUAAAAACAUGAGUGAAAUAGUAAAUGAAGGUAUGAAUGAAAGGGUUGAUAAAGAUACGAAUGAAAGAGCAAACAAAGAAAUGAAUAAGAGAGUGGCAGAGACGAGCGAAAGCAAAACAGGGAUAUACAAAAAAAUGAAAAAGAGAAUGAUUGAAAAUUCUUCAAGUAAAUAUGUGGUGCGCACUCUUAGGGAUAAGACAAAUACUCAACAAACUUCGGCGCAUAAAACUUAUCGAAAUAUAGCAGUGAAGUCUCUCGAAAGAUAUCGUGAUGGUUUGAAGUUGCAGCUUAAUAAGCGCAAUAAAAAAUUCGCUCAUCAAUAUAAUGUUGGAGAUUUGGUACACCUCAAGAUUCCUGAGAUUGAUCGAACUCACUGUGAUCGAAAAACUCUUCCUUGCAAGGUACUCGAAGUUUUAGAGGAUAACACAUAUAGGAUUGGAUGCAAGUCCGGCAUUAUUAAAGUCACAUAUAGUGCUAAUGAGUUACUACCUUUGG